UCCAUCCAUCCGUCCAUCCAUCCCGCAGACCGUCCUGACCAAUAUGAAGGGGGACGAUCACCUGGAGGAGAGCGCGCUGCAGCAGGGAGAAAUAUCAAAACCGCAAAAAAGGAAUUUCAAGAAAUGUGCAAUUCUGUCAGUGUGUGUGUGCUUCCUGAUGAUCCUGACACUUCUCAUGCUGCUUUUCUUCCUGAAGGAUUUUUGGAAACAGAUGCCAGAAAAGGUCUACGACGCGGAAUACAAAUUCUUCAGCGACGGCGAGAAGACGACUGUCCUGAUGGAGAUUGAUCCACGGAACAGAAUGGAGAUUUUCUGGACGGAGAACGGCUCGGAUACGGCGGUGGAGAUCCACGACUUCAAACACGGAAUUACUGGAAUCUACUUUGCUGGACUUGAAAAAUGUUUCAUUAAGACUCAGAGUAAAGAAAUCCCGGUGGUAGAAGAGACGGAGCUGGAGGUGGUUGAGGACGGUGAAGUCUUCACCACAGUCUAUGAGCAGAACACCUUCUGGAUCCCCUCAGAGACCCCCAUAGAGGAUAAAGAUUUCCUGAAGAAUUCCAGGAUCCUGGAUCUGUGUCACAAUAAAUCUGUGCACUGGAUCUUCCCUGCUUCUCCGUCAGUUCCUGAAUUUCAAGAUUUUGAUGAUGGAGAAAAUGAGAAGUCGUCCGCACAAGAAAAAUUACUUCUCCCUCAAGAUGAAAGAUCUGAGAAGCAGAACGGGAAGCGCGAGUCCAGAUCUCUGACCGAGGAGGACCUGCCGGUCAAUGACUAUAGAGAAGUUGGCCUUGACUUCCAUCCACUGUGGGACAAUAUGGGAUACUGCUGCACCCACUGCCGCCGUGGACAGAGAUACUGCCGGCGGGUGUGUGAGCCCCUCUUGGGGUAUUACCCCUAUCCUUACUGUUACGGUUCAGGGCGAGUGAUCUGCAGGAUAAUAAUGCCCUGUAACUGGUGGGUGGCCCGGAUGCUGGGCAGGGUAUAAACUCUAUAUUAUACAUUCGAUGUGGAGUAAGAACAGUCACCCCGGCGUCCUGUGUUAUCUCAGAGUCACAACUCCUCGUCCAUCAUUAGUGUUGAGCACGAAUAUUCGUAAUGCUAAUUUUUAUGGCGA